GCAGACAUUUGUCACAUUACUAAAUGGCAUGGAGAAAGUCUCCUCCUUCGCCGCCACCAUCAACCCACUCUUCAACAUAGUCACUGCAGUGGUGAAGGUGACAAAGGGCCUGGUCGCCAAAGAUCUCACCCAAGAACAGAACGCCAAAGAAUUCGACCAAAUCCACGCCACGAUGGAAAGAAUCUCCAAGACAAACCAGCAGAUUCUGAAGCAGAGUCAACUGGACGAGGUCAAUGAGAAGUACGGCAAGUAUGAAGAGUAUAUCAAGCACCAGUACACCGCCCUCAACACCAUGGUGGAACAGAUCCAAAAAGACCCUGAGGGAAGAGAGGGAUACAUGGCAGAGUUCCAGAGGAUCUAUGAGAGAGACCAGAGUGACCUUCCUCUAAAAACGUUCUACGACAGUGUCGUAGAAGAGGAGAAAACUUUUGAACAAAGAGGUCUGCUGAAAGUGUACAUCGAGCACUACAAGCAAAACCGAGACGUCAUGGAGAAAAAGUGUUCCCAACUGGCUAAUGUCUUUCAAAUGGGCCUGAUGACACUAAUGGCAUAUAGGGUGGUCACAGAGGAUGAUGAGGUUGACGUCAGGGAGAAAUGGGCCCCCAGGGUGGAGAAGAUACAGGCCAAGAUGAUUGAUGCGCUGGCCCAGUGUGAAGGGAACUGA